AUGCAGGAGCCCCCUGCAGCUGCCCCGGCUACGCCCCAGCCCGCCGGCCUCUCUGACGAGGAGCGUGCCGCACUGGCCCAGAAGCUGGGCUACCGCACCAUAGGCAAGGAUCUCCCGGAGGACGUGACCCUGGUGCAGGUAAUAAAGUCCAUGCCCCCAGAGGUGUUUGAGAUCAACCCCUGGAGGGCAUGGAGCGCCGUCGGCAUCACCCUCGUGUCGGCGGCCGUCAGCCUCUACCUGAUCAGCAUCUCCCCCUGGUACCUGCUGCCCUUUGCAUGGGCCCUGGCUGGGACGGCGUUCACAGGGUUCUUCGUCAUCGGGCACGAUGCCGGGCACCGCGCCUUCAGCAAGAACCGGUUGCUGGAGGACAUCGUGGGCACCCUCAUGUUUGCCCCCCUCAUCUACCCCUUUGAGCCAUGGCGCAUCAAGCACAACCACCACCAUGCCCACACCAACAAGUUGGUCGAGGACACCGCCUGGCACCCCAUCAUGCCCGAGCUCGCGGCCACCUGGUCCUCAAGCAAGCGCGCGUUCUGGAAGCUGGCCCUGGGCUCGCCCGUCAAGUGCUGGGCCUCCAUCGGCCACUGGCUACUCUGGCACUUUGACGCCAGCAAGUUCACCGCCAAGCAGAUGCCGCGCGUGCUGGUCUCAUGGGCGGCGGUGGCCGCCUUUGCCGGGUUGGCCCUCCCCGCGCUGGUCGCCACCACGGGCUGGGCGGGGCUGGUCAAGUACUGGCUCAUGCCCUGGCUGGGCUAUCACUUCUGGAUGAGCACCUUCACGCUGGUGCACCACACUGCGCAGCACAUCCCCUUCAAGCCCGCGGAGAGCUGGAAUGCGGCCCAGGCCCAGCUGGCGGGCACGGUGCACUGCGACUACCCCUGGCUGGUGGAGUUCCUGUGCCACGACAUCUCGGUGCACGUCCCUCACCACGUGAACUCCAAGAUCCCCUGGUACAACCUGCGCGCCGCCAACGAGUCCCUGCGAACCAACUGGGGCCAGUACAUGACCGAGGCGCGGUUCAACUGGCGCAUGAUGAAGAACAUCUUCACCGAGCUGCAUGAGUACGACGAGGCCAACAACUACCGGCCCUUUGACGCCGAAGCGGAGAGGCCCGACGCCUUCCUGGAGGCCCAGCGCAAGCUGCUGCCGGACAGCAUGUGA